AUGAGUGAUGUAGAGGAGAGCAACUUCGAGGGCAGAGAGUCUCGCUCUCAGUCAGAAUCUCCAAUGGGAACUCCUGCUCGUGUAAAAUCGGAGAGCAGGUCAGGAUCUCGUAGUCCAUCAAGGGUUUCCAAACACUCUGAAUCCCAUUCUCGAUCAAGAUCAAAAUCCAGGUCGAGGUCAAGGAGGCAUUCUCAUAGACGUUACAGUCGAUCCAGAUCCCAUUCUCACUCUCAGAGGAGACGAUCUCGAAGUAGGUCAUAUACACCAGAAUACCGGCGUCGAAGGAGCCGAAGUCAUUCUCCAAUGUCUAACCGGAGAAGACAUACAGGCAGCAGGGCUAUGGAAAGGGCAAAUGGAAUGGAACUGGAUGGUAGAAGAAUUCGGGUGGAUUAUUCUAUCACCAAGAGAGCACACACACCAACACCAGGCAUAUACAUGGGCAGACCAACUCAUGGUGGUGGUGGUGGUGGCGGUGGUGGAGGUGGGGGAGGUGGCAGAUGUCGAGAUUCUUACUAUGAUAGAGGAUAUGAUCGUGGGUACGACAGAUAUGAAGACUAUGAUUACCGGUACAGAAGAAGAUCACCUUCUCCUUAUUAUAGUCGAUACAGAUCACGAUCAAGAUCUUGAUCCUACAGCCCAAGACGCUAUUAAUAAGCAGAGCAGUUGCAGUUG